AUGAUCGCGGGUAAUGUAGUUUUUAAGGAGGAUACUUCACGGCGAAAGUCCUGCAUUCUAAACUACAAAUCCCACAAUGAACAUGAAUACCCGCCUCUUUUCCUCACUGCUCCUUCCCUCGAUGAGCCGUUUUGUUGUUUGGCUAAAAGAUGGCAUUAGCGGCUAACAGGCGAUUGCUUUUUGUUUCACCAAAGAUUUCGGACAGUGGUAUGAGAACAUUGGUCAGAUAGAGCAUUUCAGUCGUCAUUUGCGGUUCAAAAGGGUUUGACAUUGAGAAAGUACACGUCCGCUGUGCGGAAUGAAGGUAGUUUGGCUUUCUCACGGGUGCAGGCCUGUUUUUUUAGGGAGUGGAUCGCGGCUUCUGGAACUCCAUUUCCCAUCAGUGACUGCGGCGUCAGGUGGUACAGUUUCCCUCACGCUGGUUUGUGUAGUUUUCAAACCAGUGGUUCUUUGUUUUUUGUGAACUUUGAGAUACUUUGAAUGAACUUAAAACGGCGCUCUUUUUUAACGAGCCGAAUACUUAUGAUUUAAAGUUUCAAAAAAAAUUUUUGUGUUUGGAUACUAAAUUUGAAAUGUACUGUAAUGCUCUAGAGGGAAUAAUUUCUGUUUAAACUAAAUAAAAGCUGAACCGUUGUGCACCAUGGCCUCCUCACCUGUGCAAAGUGACUGGACCCCAGAUCGAGGGGCAGCGCCCUCCUCCUUGCCAGAAUCCUCACUGACUUGGUGUGUGACUCACCUUGAGAAACCCAGGUCAGGGGACGCUGCCCUGGGGCACGGUGGGGAUGCCUCAGCAGGCCUUGGAGAUAUGGACCACAGAAUGUGUCAGUGGCGAGCCCUGGUUGCUGUUCGGACGCAACACAUCAAGGGUGACAAGGCUGGCAUCACCCGGUUCAGGACUCAGGGGGGGCUCCGGCCCCUGCUGGACCUCCUCAGGCACCCCGAGUGCUCCAGGAAAACCUUGGACCUGGCUCUCAGCAUUCUGGCCAACUGCUGCACUGAGCUGGAAACGUGUGUCGAGGUUCGCAGGCUUGAUGGGAUACAUGUUGUUGUGGACAUCCUGAAGAAAAAUGUGGCCCUGGAGACCGUCCAGAACCGAGCCGCCAGGGCUUUGGGGAAUUUGGCCAUGGAUCCGGAGAAUUCUGCCCUCAUCCACUCUGCUGGUGGCGUACCUCUUCUCCUUCUCUGCAUGUCUAGUUCGUCUUUCUCCUCCUCGCCGGCUGGGCCUCUGACCACAGACUCAUGUCCUAAACUGGAGUGUGCACAGUCGGCUGCUCGGGCUCUCUUCUACCUCUCAGACACGCCUUCUAACCGCCUGUCACUGCUCACCCAAGGGACAUUAUCCACCCUGACUCCUCUCAUUGCACCAGAUUAUCCGCUCAGGCUGAGGAGGGCAGCCCUCAAGACUAUUCACGAGCUGACCCGGGGAUGCGGAGUGGAAUGCGCCAGAGAAGUGUCUCGUUCAGGAGUCCUCACUCAGCUUGGCGUCAUGGCAUCCGGAGAGGCGGGCAACCAGUUUGAAGAGCUGGCACUGAAAAGCUUGGCUAAUUUGUGCUCUCAAGGCUGCCUCCGCCCUUUGGUGGGGUCCCUUGGGGUCAUUCCAAAAUUUACAGAGGAGGUUAAGAAGGAUCCCUUGAAGUCUGGAGUUUUCCUCAAGGCGCUGUGCUUGUGCUGCAAAGAGGCGGUGAACCGGAGCAAGGUGAAGGAAAGUGGCGCCCUGGAGGUGAUAAUUGGGUUUUUGUCCGCCCAUCAGAAUCAUCCCCUCUCCCGGCUUGUCAUCCUGGCUUGCGUGGACUUUGUUUUUGAUGAAUCUGCAAUGGAGCAUUUGCAGGAGUUGGGGCUGGUUGCUCUGCUUGUUGCUCGAUUAAUCAACCUCACCAAAGGGGAGGAGCUGUCUGCAGAGAAGAUGGAUAUGAGCCUAAUUUCCAGCAUGUCUCCGACUGAGUUCCUGCCCUCAUCCAGUUUUGACUCUUUUGACUUUCCCCCUCCUGAAGGUUACAAGAAGGAAGAAGCUAGUAAGGAGCAAGGUCUGUGUUCCCCAAGCUUUCUGAGUCUCAGAUCUUGGUUGCUGUCUGAAGGAUUGAUCUCCUCUGAAGGGGAUCUUCUGGAUUCCUCAGGCAUGGUUGAAGGGGAAUGGGGUAGUCUUCAGAUCCCACAGUCCUCUCCUCAAGUCCACUCCCCAAACCACAAUUGUCAUUCUUCUCUGAAAAGUUCUUCUCCUUCCAGCCCCAUUGCCUGUUCCACUUCUAAAAAAGCAGCUCAGCCUUCCCAUGUGACCUCCCCAGUCCAGCUCCAGCUGCCAUGUUCAUCAAAAACCACCGACACGACUACCUCCAGUCUUCCACGUUGUGGUGUGCUCACGCCCCAAACCCAGGCUGAUUCUUCAUCAGGUUCCGCUCCUGUUAAAACAACCCAAAUGCCAAUCUCUCCAACAAAGUUCACAACUCCUCACAGAAGGAGACAACGGACACAUUCAGCUGUCUGCUUGACCAAACUCAGUCCUGAUACCCCUCGUUCUGUGCCCCGCCCUUUGACUUACCACCACCCGUACCACCCAGAACCCUGGACGCCCGAGUCUCCUGUCUUGCUCCUGUUGUCGCGCUUCUCCCACAACACAGACCCAAGUGCUGCUCUGGUCAAUGCCGGGGUGAUGUCCGGCUUGAUGUAUUAUCUCACCCAGCAUCAGGACCCCAGCAACAGGUGCUUCCGUUUGCUAUGCAGGCUGAGCUGCAACCCAAACUGUUUGCAGGCCCUGGUUCGAACCGGCUCGGUGGCGCUGAUUCACCAUCACCUCUGCCAGAGAGAGCGAAGCUUCGAGGGAGAGGAGAGGCAGACGAACAGAGUGAGAGCUAAAGUCCAGCAGCUUGGUCUGGCUCUUCUCAGUAAUCUACGAGUUCAGUGUGAGUCUGGGUUUGGUUCCGGGGUUCUAGCCCAUGUGAUGCUGUCCGGGUCCGAGUCAGACAAGAUGUACUGUGCGUUGUCUCUGCCGUUGAUUAGCAGCAACAAAACCCUGCUGAAGAAAUUACUUGUGGACAGCGGUGGGCUCCUCACAGCUCUGCAGCAUCUUGGUUGCGAUGACGAAGGUGUCGAUGAAGAUAACGUUGUAGAUAGCAGAAGGUUGGCGUCUGAUCGGAUUCAUUCACCACAUCUAGGAUUGACCUCUCAGAUGUACUUUUCUCUCUUGAUUGGAUGCUUGUCUGCUUUGAUGGGCGUCAGAACGGAGCACAACGUAAAACACCUGAGUCCAGCCAAAAUGCAGUCCAUCAGUCGAACUGGCAAACUUUUCCCGCCACCAUCAAAAAAGCCUCGUCUAGCUGACGCAUGCCCCUACAGCACAUCGGAGUUUGACCUCUUGUUGCUGCUGGAUGACGGGACCAAGAUCCCAGCCAAUAGAGAGGCUGUGGCUGGGUCAGGGGGAGCAGACGAGGUUUUCUCUGAGUAUUUCAGGGCACUGUUGAAAGGAGGAUUUGGAGAAGCUCGGGGCAGUGUAGAAGAAGCAGUUUGCAUUAAAGAAGUGAGUGUGGGAAUGGUCCUACCAGUGCUGCAUUACCUGCACGGCUGUAGCCUCAGCAAGUACACUGAAACAAGGGAAGGUGGUGAAGGUCAGUGUCAGAUUUUGGAAUUGUUGGUUCUUGAAGGACUGGGCUUCUGCCAAAAGGAGGCAGACGAGCACUCGGAACAGUCUUUCCAGAAAACUCCGUUAGUUGAGAUGAUGGUCGGCGCGUGCCGAUUCAUGGUGACUGAGCUGCAGAGAGAGUUGGAGGAGCUUUGCGUGUCGCUUCUCCUGUCCUGCUCCACCAAGACCACUUGCAGAGCGACAUCCGUUCUGACAGAAGACUGCACCAUGGUUGCUGGAUCUAAAAAGGACCGGGAGUGCCUGGAGUCUGCUGAGGAGAACCUGGCUAAUCGAACAUCUGAGUUAGAGUUGUCUGCUUUUGAGGUGCACGUAGAAUAUUUACCAGAAGAGAUGAAGAAACCAAAUGGUUCUUCACGUCAGACAGAUGGUAAACAGUCCGAUAUUCAGAAUGUCAGAGGAGGAGUCAGUACAGCUUUGGACCAGAAGACAAUCGCAAACAUCACUCUAGGUUCUAAGUUUAGCAGUGCGCCAGUAGUGAAGGACAAGCCAGCAAACACAGGAGAGUUUAUCCCGAGACCAAAGACCUCGACCAAAGCUUCAGCUCAGAUUCAGAGAUCAGUGGCGGCCCUCCUCCCUCAAAUUUACUGGUUUUCUCAGCAGUACAGCUACCCGGCACUGGGCAGGGCCUGUCUGUCUGUGCUGCUGGGUGGUCAGGAUGCUCCUCAAGCCUUCAUGUCCUCAUCCGCUGCUGGACACUGUCUUCACAGACUGGCCAGGGAGGCCGGCUGCACUGAUGCGCUGAAGCAGGAUCUACUACACCUGGCAACAGUUGCACUGAGCUGAAGACGCAAUGAGUGUCAAGAAACCAGGAGGCUUAUUGUUUAAACUGGAUCCUAUAUGAGGACAAUGGGUUUUUUUGUUUUUCAUGAUGACUGAUAUAAAUACUGUAGCCUAUCCCAGCAUAAUUGUAUUAUAAUUUCUUGUAGGGCUGUGCGAAUGACAAAUAUCUCAUGUCGACAUAUACAGUAUUUCAUAUCCUCAGAUAUAUAGAUAAACAUCUACUGAGUUUAGAUUCAAAACACUAUAAGUCCACAACCACAAAUUUCUAUUUAAAGAAUUGAACGCACCAUUUUCACAUUAUUUAUGUAAAUCUGUGCAUUUUCUAACAUCUUUUGCUGUGAAUUCACAUUUUCAAUUGCAUUUUUCCCCAUUUGAGGAAAAACGGACUUUGUGUUUUGCAUCUAAACUCUUAUAUAUACACACACAGUUGUAUGCAAAAGUUUGGG